AUGGGUUGGUUGUUCAAGGAAAGUGGGCGUGGUGGAAAACAAGGAUGGACACAGCAAACAAUAUCCUCCGUUUUAGCACCUCCUUUACCUCUCCUCUCCAUAUUCGGCAUCAUAUGUCUGCUUCUCUUGCUUUCUUCUGACAUCAACUUCAAGAAAGAGGUACACUACACGGUGCUUAACUUGAAGCUGUUCCUCUUGUUCCUCCCCGUCAUCUUGAUAUUCGCUGCUCAGUUUGCGAGGAAGUGUGAAAGGUUCGUGAUUCCUUACGCCAGGACCAAGAGGGAAUUACGUAGAGAUUUGCCUUGGGGCAUGGUGGUGCUGUUGGUCAUGGUCUCUUACCAGUCCUACUUUCAUUCCAUGUGGUCUUCCAAUAUUUGA